AUGGACGGGGUGGACGUGUGGGCCAGCACCUUAGCCCAACUGAUGACCAAGAGGAAACCCCAGGACACCUGGGAGCUGCUCCCUGAGGAGAACCUGGCCUCGGGGCACCUGGACAGCAGCGGUUUCCAGUACCGGCUGAGGGGGCUCUCGAGGCUCCAGUGUGGCCGCUGCCAGUGGGGCUGGUCCUCGGCCCACGUGCACAUCCUCUUCCAUAUGUGGUGGGAUGAGGACAGCCGGCUGGGGCUGGUGAAGAUGCGCAUCUGGGGCCAGCGGUGCCGGCUGUGCCCGCCGGGCGCCCAGCGGGACUGCCAGGUGAGCCUUCUGAACGUGCGGCUCUUCCUCAACAAGCUGGUCCUGUUCAUCCUGCAGAAGUGCUACCGGGAGACCCUCAGCUCUGACCAGUGCCCUGAGAUCUGCUUCAGUGAGCGCUGCGAGGCCUGCGACCUGGGGGUCUGCUUCUUCCAGAAGCCCCCGGACCCCGCUUGGGGGCCGGAGGUCAAGAGCCCCAUCCCCAUCAAGGGCAGGUAUGCCUUGUACGGCAGCAGCUCGGCCGUCACUGCUGAGAAACAGUCACUGACGCUCCGCAGCAGCCCCUCGGGCGAGCGCUCCUGGGGCUACACCCCCAACUCCAUCUGCACGCCCCUGUCCGUGUCUGACUUCAUCAGGAACCCCUCCGAGAGCAGCAACUUCUUCAGCGAGGACGAGGACAUUGUCACCAUCCCCUUCUCCCUGUUGGGUCUGGGCAGGGAAAAGGGGACCGUCACUGAUGCCAAGGGCUGUGUCCUCCCCAGAGAGGGCUCCCUCCCUGCGGCUGACCGCAGAGGGCCGCUCAUCAUUGGCAAGGGCUCCAUCUACCUGCCCACUCGGUCCACAGCUACACCCAAGGGCAGAGGCCUCCCAGUGGACAUCAGGGCCCCCGUCUUCCAGGGCAGAGGCCUCCUCACCAGCAGCAUCAAGCCCUUCGAGAUCAAAGGCUUCAUCUUCAAAGGCCGAGGCUCCCUUUCCAGCCCUGCUGGCGUCGAUGAGGGCCAGGGCCCCGUCUCUGCCAGCAAUGGCCCCAUCACUGCUGGAAAUGACUCACGGCCAGUGUCUUACAUCUUUGGCCUCAUGGAUGAUGGAGAAGGCUCCGUCACCGUCCCCCCGUCCUUGAUUGACACCAUCCGAGGCGAGGACUCCUUUGCCGACAUCGACGGCUGCGUCAGCUUCCCCUUCGUCUUUACCGACCAGGGCACAGGCAAGGAUUCUUCUACCAACAUCACCGAGGGCAAAGGGAAGGAGGAUGGCGACAAUGGCCCUGUCACCGCUGCCCAUGAGCCCCUCCCGGGGACCAACAUCCCCAUUAGCAAGGGCUCCAUCACCAUCCCCUUCUCAGUCUUCAGCAUCAUAGAACGCAGGGACCCCGGCUACAUGGCCAGUGGUCCCCAAAGCAGUGGCCUUACUGCCUGUGGCUCUUCCAAGCACAGGAGGCAGCAGCAGUCCAGGCUUGGCGAGUCUGGCUCCGGGUCUAGCGGGGACCAGGACAUCUGCUGUGGAGACGGCUGCUGCAGGCCCCACUUCGAUCCCCCACGAGGAAGUCUGGAUCUGGGUCUCCAUGACGGUCUGCAUCCUCUGGAUCAUGUACCUGUAUAA